UUGGUUGGCAACGUGCAGCCGCCGGUUGAAGGCAGACAAAAUGGCGACUGCGAUGGAUGUGGAUGCGCCGAGUUCUACCAAUAGUGGCGGGAAGAAGCGCUUUGAGGUUAAAAAGUGGAAUGCAGUAGCCCUCUGGGCCUGGGACAUUGUGGUGGAUAACUGUGCCAUUUGCCGGAAUCACAUCAUGGACCUCUGUAUAGAAUGUCAGGCAAACCAGGCUUCGGCGACUUCAGAGGAGUGCACUGUUGCUUGGGGUGUGUGUAAUCAUGCCUUCCAUUUUCACUGCAUUUCACGUUGGCUGAAGACCAGACAGGUUUGCCCCUUGGACAACAGGGAGUGGGAAUUCCAGAAGUAUGGCCAUUAAACGGAAACAGCAGCGUCAUCCCUCCGUUUUCGCUGUUAGCAACGUCCCUGCUGCACUGUCCUGUGGCAUCAGCAUUCCACUCACCCUGCUCCCCCUUCCCAGAAUCUUUAAGUGAAGAGUGUUUAUUUAAAUAGCAAAGACUUGACCAUAAACUCUGCCCAUUUCUUUAAAAAAAGGUCUUUUUUUAACCUUCUGCAGUUGCAAAUAUUUCACCUUAGGUUUAAGGUAACCAUCUGAAAACUGUUCUCACUAUUAUAGUGUAGAGCAUACUCUGUACAAACGUUUUUGUUUUGCUUUCCCACCCCAUUCCACAUUGUGGAUAGAAUAACAUGAGGAUUUUCUUUAUGUAUUAUAUUUAAUUAAAAAAAAUCUUUAACAGA